AUGACCAAGUUCGAGAUGGAUAUGAGUGUAUCUUCGAUGGCUCCAGCAGUUUCGCUGGAGCAUGCAGAUUUUCCCCAUCUCACUACGGUAGAAUUGCAGGCAUUACACCGCCUCGCGGCGGUGUCUGGUGAAAUCUUCGUGACGUCGCUGCUGAGCACAGCGACGCCCGAACAACACCGUGCCGCCAUUUAA